AUGGCAUUUGCUUCAGAAUCUGUUAAUGAUUUAAAUAAACAUCUGAAAAAGGAAGGUGAAUGUAUAAAUUCUCGAAAUUUUCGUCCAACUUUAGUAAUAUCUGGUUUGCCUCCAUAUGAUGAGGAUAGUUGGUUACGUGUUAAGGCUGGAGAUGCAGAAUUUAUUUGUUAUAAACCUUGUACUCGAUAUAGACUUGCCCCUGGAAAAUUAUACGAGAUAUAUAAGGAAAGUCCAAUAUUUGGUGUUAAUAUGACUAUUGUUAAACCUGGACGUGUUCGUAUUGGAGAUCCUGUAUUUAUUCAAUAUAAGCCUACACCUUUUUAA